AUGAAUUUUCGGAAACAGAGCAAAAGGUAAGUACCCAAUAAUUUUUAUUAUUUUGAAUUUUUGAAUGCUAUAUUUUGAAAUUACUUUUCGACGUUAUCGAGAAAAAUUUACUCAAAUCGACAAAAUAGAUUUUUCCCAGUUUUUACUUUCUGUGACAACUGUAGUCAUUAUAAAAAAUUUGGUUAUCUCUAGUAAUAGUCUCAGGGUGGCGAUACUCCAUAGUAUAAUAACAGAUCAGCAAGACCAAACACAUACGCAAUAGUUGUUCCAACACAAUGAGAGGACCGUUUAUCAAUGUGAUCACAGCUUUUAAACUUGCUUUUUUUCUGCUUAAAUUUUACACUUUGAACAACUCUUUCGCAAAAAAACUUUUAAAACUUCUCAGAUUGUUCAACGACGACAUGUCAACUACGUCUUCCCGUGAAUCGUCCGUCUAUGAUUACGUAUAUGACUCCGGCUAUCAAGAUCUCUGUGAGAUGCCGGCGCCGAUAGAAGUGGCACCAAUUCAUGAACAAAAACUUGGACGUUCGCCUUCGGUCGAAAAACCAACUAUCAUGAUCAACAACUUCGUGGUUCACUCGUCCCAUCAUGAAAUUGGAAAUGUCUAUCCAAGUUCAACUCCGUUUUCUAUCUAUGGAAGUCUCGAAAAAACAGAGCUCAGAACCGAAGACGAUGACAUUGAAAACGAUAAAUAUCUACAAAUGCUUGGUUGGGAUGACAAUUUUAUUCUUCCAAAAGCAAAUGAAGACCACUGGGCCAAAUGCUACAGAUACGCGUUCGCUUCUGCUGCUCCCGUUGAUGCGGCUCUUCCAUUGGCUCUCGCAAGUGAUUUCACAAAAUAUAGGUGACGCCUAACUAAUCAACUUUCAGUUCCCAUAACAAAAAGCAAAACAUCCUCAUAUCUCGAUGCAAACUCAUUGCUCGACCAAAGCAAAGUAGAAGAGCAAAACCUUUCUAACCACUACUUGUGCCGCACCUGUGUGAGUUUGAUCUCGAACUGAAUGUGAUAAUCAAUGAUAGUAAAAAUACUACGUCAAAAAUGAAAUACUCACAAAGACGUCCUUAAAUUCAGAAAUCGAAGUUCACGAAGCAUCGAAACACACGAGUACUGAUGUCGCUGAUUAUUAUAAUAACAUCUCUUUCAUCUUCACUAAUUUUAUUUCCUUGGGGACUCCUUGCCGCGUUCUCUCUUCUCCUGUUACCGUUUCAAAUCCGUCGACCUACUUGUAAAAGAUGCAAAAAACUUUGGUCAUCAUUUUGAUAUGAUAACUUGUAUUGGACGUUUUUUUUUUGUUGUUUUUGCUAGAUUUACACGGGUAUCAAUAAAUUUGAAAUCUGAAGAAAAAAACUGUUUCAUAUGAUAAUUGCCGAGAGUAAUAAAUUAGAAGGACUUAGCUCUCAGAAAAUCACAUGGAAAGUAUUGAAGAACAGAGAAAAACAAAAAGGCAAUCAGACUGCAACGUACAGUUAUCGAUUGCUGAUAAGGAGCCGCGGAGUUCGCUAGAACGUCACUUCCCGGCCAGUGAAAUGGCUCCGAACGGAUCGCCGUCGCAAGGAUAUUAUCGAGAUGCUGACAGCAUCUUCGGCUUACGCUACAAGGUUCUUCAUUUAUCUCAAAAAUUUCAUGCUUUUUAGAUUGCUUUUCGCACCAUGAUGGUCUUCGAAUCAAUAUUGGGCAAGCUUUUACUAGUCAUUGCAAUAUGCUCUAUUAUUUAUGCAGAUAAUUGGUGUGAGUUGCUCAGACUCAGUCCGAAGAAACAAGUGUUUGAGUAAUUUGCAGUUCCAAUAUUCGUUAAUUUUGCUUUUCUUUUCUUUUUGAUUAGUUCCAUGUUUUGCUUCAAUUUAUGCCACACUAAAAGGAACGCUGUUUUUGUGCUUCCUAUGCUAUCAUAUGAGGUUUGCGAGAAAUAAAAAUAAGAAUAAAGCAGAAAAGUUAUAGAUAGUGACAAUAUUUUGGUCUCUAAUUUGGCUAUACGCUUCUUUGAACGCUGUAUCUACAGGUUAUCUGUGGUCUUUAGAAUGGCUGGGCGGUCCCAGGUAAGAAUCAAUGUGAACGAGUUUCUAGUUUUCUAUCCCCUCAUUUGAGGUCAAGCAGAGUUCCAACUUCACACAAUAUACUGGAUGCUAAUUAUGCGAAUCCAAAUGAAACUCAUCCAGAGACACAGAAAGGUUGGCCCGGCAGUUCAAAUUAAACGGAAACAUUUUUCUGUAUUUAUAAAAAGUGGGAUCGAUAGAUAUAAUUUUUUUCAGGCUAAAAAAAUUCAUCAAUCGUUAUAAAAUGUUAAAUAGAAUAAAAAAACGAGAUCAUCUUUUUUUCGACCAAAAAAAUAUAGUUAAAUGAAGUAGAACGGUAAAAUUUGCUUUUUGUGAACGAAAAAAAGGGAAAAAAAUCAAUUAAAUAUUAAAUGUCAUUAACCAGAUAUUCCUUUUCAGCGAUUAAAUUCGGAUUUAUAAUCGCGGUGGCGUCUUGCUUGGUUAUUGCUCUUAAGCUAUGCGCGUUUACAAUUGCAAAAAGGGUUUUUAUGGAAAUACGCAAAAGACAACUUCAAGAACAUGAGAAAUCUAAAAGGGUGAGUUUCAUUGAAGUUAUUUUGUUUUAACUAUAAAAUAAAUUCAGGUGCGCUCAACGACAGAUAGUGAAAUAUCAAAUCUUGGAGGAGUUUCUCCGUCAUACCCCAGAGUCUAUAGAAAUCAUAAGAACGUUUCUCCAAGACCACAAUAUGAAGAGGAUGACGAUAUAUCUACAGAAUCAACCAGGAAUCAUCAAAAUCAACAUGAACGCUUCCUACAACGAUCUUUCGAGCAAUCAAAAGAACAUUCAAAAUAUACUGAGUCUUAUUUUUGAAGGGAUGAAGAGAAAAUGCAAUAAACUUUAAAAUAAUAAAAAAAAUAUACUUCUCGCGGUCUAUAACUCCAAAACAAACAAUAAACGGAUAAACUGGAAAAAAAGACUUCACAGACAUCUAAAAAUUCUCAUUUUCUUACAAAUUCGCUAUUCCUAUAAAAUUAAAGACUAUUAUUUACAAUUGUCUCAAGCCGCCGGUUGUUGAACUAGAAGAAAUAUGAUUAAAAUUGAAGUAACUGUUUACAGAUACUCUACAGCACGAAUUUAAAAAAAAAAACGGGAGCUUAUCCGAAGACUCCCUAUUUUGAAUUUUCGCGAAAUUACUUCAAAAACGAAAUAAAAUGAGUAUACCUCAUUCACCUCAAAGCAAGCUUGAGAAAAUAUGAAAAAAAAACAGUCGCUAUACGAAUAAAAAAACCGAAGGUCAAAGGAAGAUUUUAGACAUUUCUCCAUUUUUUGAUGCCACGGCAUGUUCAAAGUAAUUUCCGCGAAACGCAAAAUGAUAUCUGACUCUCCAAAACUUAGUUAUAUUUUUCUUUCUCUGGCGGCCAUCUUGCAUUUCGCGGAAUCAUUUUGAACACGGCCUUAAGAACUCUUUGAAAACGUUUUUCACCGAAAUCCCUGAAGGGUUGACUUUCUUUUCCCCUAUAGUAACCACUUCAACUCAACCGGUGUUCAAGCUACAGUAUACUUAGAUUCGCGUGCGCCCAUAACAGCGGCUUCAGUUACUUGCCAAUUUUUUUUGGCUACUCCCCAAAAUCUUGAAUUAUUUCUACACGAGAAAAAUUCUCAUGAGAAAAGUCAUUUGGAAUUGUAAUAAAGUAAUUCUUCUUUCGCGGUAAUGAAGUUUUCGAAAUUCUUAAAAUAAUUUGAAAUUUUAAAAAGCAUUUUUUCCUGAUGUAGGAAAACUACGCCGCUUUAUUUUUUUCAUUUUUUUGAAAUAUGUUAUUUUUUUAAGGUUGGGUAAACCUUAUGCAGCUUCAUCUAUGAUUUGUUUUUGUACUUAUCCGUAUUCUUCGAGUGUCAAAUUCGCAGAAACAUUUAUAGGCCAUAUAUUUUAAGACGCUCGAAGAGAACUUUUCAUUUAAUGCAUUUUCCUUUCUUUUUUUUUCUGAAUAUGUUUUGAGUCAAUUUUUCACUUUUUUUACGCUUGUUCCCGUUGUUCAAAAUGCUAAACAUGGUUCAUUGGAAAAAAGAAGAUAAAAAUUUUUGUUUGUCUGCGUUUGAGAAGAAUUUUUAUCGAUCUGCAGUUUAGGCCAUUUUUUUCCUUCACCCGCUUAUGGCAGCGUGAAUUAUUUUUUUUCUUUUUAGAUGAAAUUUCGUACGCAUUGAGAAACAAUAAGGAAAGGUGCUUCUCUCGUCUAGCCGACGACUCCCUGCCGAGUGCCAUAAAAUGGAUCAAAGCCUUCAGGUGUGCUUUUAUCGUUCUUUCAGAUAUACCAAAAAAAUAUGGCCUUAAAGUGAAGAACAAGCUACAAGUUUCCAUGCUAUAAUUAUCAGAGCCGAUUGACGUAAGAGAGCUUUUUCUUUGGGUUUUUUUUUCUACUCUCGUUGCCUGCGCCCGCACGGUUGCUAUGAAGCAGUGCGCUCAUUACUUGCCAAUGUCGCUAACUGUUCCUUGUUGUUAGUCGCAAUGCUUUCGCAGCUGCUCAACUGGAAUAAUGUUUCAGAGACCCCAGUAAGAGUUUUAAGGCGCAAAUAAGGUGUUCAAGGUCUGCAAAAGACAAUUUUCCAGAUUGACGUCAACGGAUCACCGUCUCCGGGGGCUCGCGACCAGGAACAACUGUCGAUGCCCCCACCGUCUGCUGACUGGAAUAAUCAGUACAGUCCAAGAGAUAUGGUACUCUUUCAAACGUACAGUAUGCAAAAUAAGCUUUUUUUCUGGAUCGAAAACUUUUUAAGUUUGUGCAGAGUAUUUUUGUUUCUAAUUGAAAAAAAAACUUUCUUAUUUUUAAAGUUUAAUUUUAAAAAAAAACCUUUUUCAGGACGAGUUCCACCCAUUUGUAGAAAAUCUUCUACCCUAUGUUAAAGAUUUUUCUUACGUUUGGUUCCAUCUUCAGGUAUUGCAAUGCAUUCAAGGCUUUUUUGACUCAUAAAUAUAUUCAGGCCCAAAAACGUCGAUAUUUCAAGAGGCACGACAAAAGAAUGAGUAUGGAAGAAGAAAAAAGGGUAAAAAAUGAGCUUAUGGUGAGUAAUAAAAAAACAAAAUUAUAUUCUGUUUAACUAAUAUUUUUUUUAAAUAUAUGACAUUCUAAAUCCAUAAUUAUGUUCAGGUCGAAAGAACAGAAGUGAAGCAGAAGUGGGCAGCGCGAUUGCUGGGAAAGCUGCGAAAAGAUAUUCAGCCUCAUUUUCGAGAUGAUUUCCUGUACUCGGUGAGUUAAGAUAAACUUUAUAAUUUUUAUUCGAUUCGAUUUUUAGAUUUUUUUUCCUUAUACACAAAUGAACAAUACUUCUACACAAUUAAAAAUUCAACAUUAAUUCAGUCUUCAGAGUAAUUUUGUAUCAGUUGAAUCAUGCAGUAUUUGAACAAGAUUCAAAGCUUCCCCCAAAAUGUCAAUUGACACCCAGGGAAUGUAGCGUCCAGGUCACUCCGAUUAGAAAAAAUUUCAACCCAUCUGGAUUAUUCUUUAAUUCGCAGGUGACCGGACAAAAACCCGCGACUUGUGUGCUGUCGAACCCUGACCAGAAGGGGAAAAUGCGAAGAAUCGAUUGUUUGCGACAAGCGGACAAAGUCUGGCGCCUCGAUCUCGUCAUGGUCAUCCUCUUCAAGGUUUUUAUCUCUCGCUGUGAAAGCAUCAAAAAAAGCUGCUAAAAUAGAAUACAGCCUUUUUGUCCGCAAGAGCACAGCCAAAUUUGCUGAGAGAAGAAAUUGGCAUACAUUCAGGGGAUUCCUCUGGAAAGCACCGACGGCGAACGACUCGAGAAGUGCGGCGGCUGCAAACAGCCGCAUCUCUGCGUCAACCCCUACCACAUCUCGAUCUCGGUCCGCGAGCUCGACCUUUUCCUGGCCAACUUCAUCCGCACGAGCGACCCUGACACGACACCGGCGUGCAGACGUCGUGUCGGCUACAAAGACGAAGAAGAAACCGAAGGUUCGCCUUUUUCUGGCAAAAAAAAAUAACUGUGCAGAACAUGUAGGGUUCAGCCGACUUAUUUGAAAAAAAGGUCUUAGUUUCGGCUAGUACCCCCAGAAUAUCCGUUUUCACACGAUCAAAAAUCAAACUCUAAAAUUUUCUGCAAUUCAGUGUUUUUCCAAAAAAGUGUUGAAUCCUUAUUUUUGGACCCUUAAGUGACAGAUAUCCGAACUUUUCAUCUAUGGAACACAUAAGCCUUGAGGGGUUCCGACCAAACUCGGACUUCGUUCAGAUUCGUUGAGCGGCGAAGUGGAGAGGAGACCUCGAAACAACGGAUCUUUGUCGCGCUCCGAAAACACGGAAGGCGAAGGCGAGAGCAUUUGGGGAACUGGCGUCUUUUCUGCCUAUGAGCUCAAAAUGUUGACGACAAUCGUUUUCGGAGGUUGGUGAAAGAGAUUUGGAACAAAGUCCGGUUCUAGCAAAAAAAAGUUUGUCUCUCUGCGAGCUCUAAACAGAUAUUUAAUUUGUUUUUAACUAUAAGGUCUCCCAAAUAAAAAGACCGAAAGUCGGACUUUUGACUUUUAGGUUAAAGAAGCCGUUUCGAAAUAAAAUUUGGUCCGUAUACUACUGAAACGAUUUCAUACUGAAUUUCAAAAAAAAAAUCUUUUAUUAAGUAGUCUUUCCUAGUUUUUGACUUUGGUGUAUGUUCUUUGGAAAAAAGGAAAAAAAAAAUUGAUUUGUAGCAGAUUCGGUGGGAACUUUCCUGAGGUCAGCGGUGGCUCAAAGUGGCGGCCUGCGAGUGCCGAAACAGGAAGUGGAAGCUUCUUGGCUCGAACUUUCCAACGGGUCUUCGCCCACGCUUUCGCCUCCUGCCAGUGCAAUGGCUGCCAUUCAGGCUUUGGACAACGGUUCGUCCUUCCUGAUUCUCGUAUAAUUAAAUGAGAAAAGUAGUCGUAUCUUAUCUUAUUAAACGGUACUUCGUGCGAGAAGUCAUUCUUCGAUGGAACGUGAUACUGUUUACGAAAUUUAUUUUUACGUAUUUUGAGUUCUUGUUCCGUUGCUCAUUCUACGUUCAAAGAAAAAACAUUUGAAAGAUGUCAAAACGAGAUGUAUUUGAAAAAACAAUCGAUAGAAACUAAUUCUCCGAUUUUGCAGACAGCGAACGCGUCGUCGGAAAUAAAAUGAUAAAUGGGGAGUCUCCGACGCCUCAAGUUGGAGCCAUGAUCACUGUGGGAGACAAUGGAACGAUCAAUGGCGAUAAAGUUUUUUUUUCACCUUUAGACCUCAUCAAUUUCUUUUCUUUGAGGAAGAACCGCUCGAAAAACGAAGCAGACAUGCGUCUCACGACUCCGCCAAUUCCAGGUACUUUCUUUCUUUGCAUUUCUGAUGGAUAUGGAGCUUUUUUAGUACCAACGAAGAAGUGCGACGGAUCGUCGAAACCGCGAAUGGUCCUCCAAACGCUUGGGCUCCUGUUCGCGCCGUCGCCAGCCACUCCCAACUCAAUUAUGACACGUUAGUCUUGCUCAUCAGUGCAUUCGCCUCUUCGACCAAACUCUUUCGAAAAAGUUGGUGAUGAAAAUGUUAUCAGACGUCGUCGUUUGCCUGGAACAACGCAGAACACGCGAUUCGUGAAGGUCAUUCCGACCGGGUCAAAGUGAGUUAUUUCCUGUUUCCUCUUUCUUAUUUUGCUUGUUCCUGUACUAAGGAUUACUAGAUUCAGCUCGAUGACGGGCAUGACAAACGGCGGAAAUGUGGGGGGAACCUCGAUGCGCCGGCUUACAGUCGGCGGCCAUGGCGACGUCGGAGUUCUGAUUGUCGAUCAGAGAGGCGGCCAAACUUCGGGUGAGAUACCCAACCAUCUGUAUUUCUUUUUUUUUCCACUACUCGCGUUCCUUCGAUUAUUUAAUUGUUUAAAAACGUUUUUUUUUUUGGGUUCAGAGAGCUUCUGACGUAAUGCCACAGUCUGACUAAUCCUGUUUUUAUAAUUUUUUGAGGAGAAAACGUUUUAAAAAAUAUAUCAUUAGCGAAAUCCCAUCAGAGAUCAAAUUUUUAACGAAUUUUCUGUUUUAUGGGAUACAUUUUGGAGCCGAACACAUCCUCUUUUUCAGCUCAAACGAUAUCGUCUGCUUUGAACGACUUGGCCACGAAGACGACGCCGACGCAGCAGGCGAUUUCGCAGUCCCACGCGCCGCUCGUCUCCAGCCGCAAGAGACUUCAUCCCCUCAACAACAACAAUCUGAGUGGCGCCGGCACGGCCAUGUUCCCGCAGCAAGGCAGUCCGAAUCGUCCGCUUGCAGCCCUUCCAACUGGGUUUGCCGCCGUCGCCGAAGUUUCCCCUCCGCAGCCAACGAUAACGCAGUUGCGUCGCGGCCAAGACGGCUCAGGAGGCUCUUACAUGGCCAGUCCCACCAAGUUCACCAAUGCUAGUGGAGACACCAUCAGCUUCAGGUACCCUUCUUCUGCAAAGGAACUUUCUCUUGAUUUUGCGAGUUUUUAAAACGAAGCAUAACUAGUUUAAAGUGCUUCUGCGGAACUCAAAAUAGUCGUGAAAGAGUGAAAAAGAUAACUAAAUUUUGGAGAGUCUGAGAUGAUUUCGAUUUUUGCGGAAAUAACUUCGAACACGGCGUAAGCUUUUCAGCAAAGUUUUGUCUCAAUUGGAAGAGCGAAAACAGCGCGAACAACUGCAACAACACCAAAUCCAACACGUGAACGUCCUUUUGGGCUCCGCCUCGGAAUACGACGUCCUGGCCCAACCAGUUCGAACCUUCACCACCAAGCCCACAAACAACCCUGUCAGUAUACGCUUCCAAUUUUUCGAAUACAUGGGAAUUUCGUAGAAACUCGUCGCGCCGAAACCCAUCAAUCCGAUCCUCAACAUGUGCAAGACGGAUCUUUCGUUUCAGGUUGGUUUUGCUCGAAAUAUCUAUUCACUCAAUUGAAGAUUCUCAUCGGCAAAAGAGAAAUUGUCUUUUGAUCUUAAAGGUGCAACAAGUGAUCUCGGCGUGCAAUUCCGCGGUCUCCUCGCCUCUGACGACGCCUCGCGUGACUCCGUUGCCGCGGCAUUUGAUCGACGAGGAGUCGCAGUCCCUUUUCAACGCGGCCAUCAUCAACGGAAACAGCAACGACGGACUCUGUUCGUUUUUUCAUGAACUCCCAUAGCCGAAUAUUCAUCUUAAGUGAAACGAGUUAAGAAGAAAAAUGAGCAAGGCGUAAGUCCAGGAUAAGACCGAAUGAUGAGAAAAUCUUUAUUUAUAAAAACGUUCCAUUUUAUUUUUUAAAUAAAGCGAAAAGAAGUUCAUUAGUAAAGAAAAAUAAGUUCAUUAGUGGUUUUCAAGAAAAAGAUUCCUCUCAGCAGAAAUUUUUUAGCUCAUCGUUCAAUGUUGAUUGAUUCAGUGACCAACACUUUUCUCCAAUACCUGAACGACUCGGCGUCGAGGUCGCCCCUGGGGAUCAGCAACGGCGUGGGAACGCCUUCUUUGGCGGCCUUGACGAUGGGCGCCGGAUCGACACUUCCUCCAGUGACGGCGCCAGCGACGACGCGUCCAGACUCUGCAGCCAGCAAGUUUGAACCUGUUUCGGCCGGCGUGAUGUGCUGUUUGCAGCAGCUCGAACUCGAUGGCCGGCGUGAUGAGUCUCUCGGCGCCCCCGACCACCGCCCUCACCGUCUCGCAGACCCCCACGGCCACGUCGCCCAUCGUCGACUCCAGCAACAUCGAACAAAUGGUCCUCCCCUACUUCGUCCUUCAUUUUGAGUGUUCCUUUUUCAGUUGCGAGACUCGAUGCCUGACUCGACGUCGAAUGCGGGACUUCCGCCGGCCGCUAACCUAAGCAUUCAAAAGUCGGCACCGACUGACUUCAAGUCGAUGACAAAUUAG